GUGUUGGCCCGACAGCUCGAGCCGAGUCAUAAACAGCAAGCCGUUUUUCUUGGAGUCGAUUCGCCUUCACUAAAAAUCGUCACACAUCAAUUAUUUGAUCUCUUAGAUUUUAGUCUCGCAGAUACUUGCUUUCCAAGCCGAAGCAUCCCCCGCAAACCAUGAUGCUGUCAACUCUGCGCUUCGCGACUCGUAGUGCGCCUGCCGUGCGCCGAGCUUCGGCGGCCUUCAGCUUCGCAGCUGUGCGUGCUGGCUCGACUUGGGCCACUGUCCCUCAGGGACCACCUGACGUAAGUUAUGCAUUGCUCCUCUCUCUAUUAGUUGCGUUUGUUGACAUGUAGCUUUUGUCAUGGCUCAGGCCAUCUUGGGUAUCACCGAAGCCUUCAAGGCCGACUCCUUCGACAAGAAGAUCAACCUGGGUGUCGGUGCCUACCGAGAUGACAAGGGCAAGCCUUAUGUUCUUCCUUCCGUCCGAACUGCCGAGGAUAAGGUUAUCUCGAGCCGAAUGAACAAGGAGUAUGCAGGAAUUACCGGUCUGCCCGACUUCACCAAGGCUGCUGCUGUCCUCGCGUACGGCAAGAACUCGUCGGCUCUCGACCGCCUUGCCAUCACCCAGUCCAUCUCGGGCACGGGCGCCCUGCGCAUUGGCGCUGCCUUCCUCGAGCGAUUCUACCCCGGUGCCAAGAAGAUCUACAUCCCGACCCCGUCAUGGGCGAACCACGGUGCCGUCUUCAAGGAUGCCGGUCUUGAGGUGGAAAAGUACAGCUACUAUGACAAGAAGACCAUCGGUCUCGACUUCCAGGGCAUGAUAGCCGACAUCAAGGCCGCCCCCAAGGGCAGCAUCUUCCUCUUCCACGCCUGUGCCCACAACCCCACCGGUGUCGACCCGACUCCCGAACAGUGGAAGGAGAUCAGCGCCGUCGUCAAGGAUGCUGGCCACUAUGCCUUCUUCGACAUGGCCUACCAGGGUUUCGCGUCGGGUGACACGGACAAGGACGCUUUCGCUGUGCGCCACUUUGUCGAGCAGGGCCACAAUAUCUGCCUCGCCCAGUCCUUCGCCAAGAACAUGGGUUUGUACGGUGAGCGCGUCGGAGCCUUCAGCAUCGUCGCGGCCUCCGCCGAGGAGAAGAAGCGCAUCGACUCGCAGAUCAAGAUUCUCGUCCGCCCCUUGUACUCGAACCCGCCCAUCCACGGCGCCCGCAUCGCGGCCGAGAUCCUGAACGACCCGGCCCUGUACAACCAGUGGCUGGCGGAGGUCAAGGAGAUGGCGGACCGCAUUAUCACCAUGCGUGCCCUCCUCAAGGAGAAGCUCGAGAAGCUCGGCAGCAAGCACGACUGGAGUCACAUUACUAACCAGAUCGGCAUGUUCGCCUACACCGGCCUCGACGCUAAGCAGAUGGAUGCUCUGGCCCAGGAGCACAGCGUCUACGCUACCAAGGACGGCCGUAUCAGCGUGGCUGGUAUCACGAGCGAUAAUGUUGGACGUCUGGCUGAGGCCAUCUACAAGGUCAAGGGCUAAACUACCCGAGUCCGCGACUGGCUAGUAGGACGAACAAUCGGACGUGACAUGACACGAUGAAGUGACGAGGACACAAGCAAAAGUUCUGGGGCGUUUUACGUGUGCGAUACGAUACGAAUACAUAUCUGGCAUUUGGCUCUGCUCUCUAGUAAGGGCCUCGUUUGGCAAACCCGAGGUUCCGAUGUUGGGGUUUGUAUUUGCUUGGAUGCUAGACCUGGAAACAUCUCCUAUAGACGGUAGAUAAGAUAGCAAUGCAUCUGUGACACCUUCCUGAUUGACCGACCCGAG